AUGUAGAUAUUAACUAUUAUCCAAGUAGUUGUUUCAACAACUUUUGGUGUAUUUUUUAUUAGUGGCUUUGGUGCUUAUUUAACUCAUAAAAAAAUUAUCACUAAACAAUUAACUAGCUAACUUUCAUGUUUAACUGAGCAUUUAUUCAUUCCAGCAUUAAUUUUUACUAAUUUUUUAAAGAGUCUCACACUGGAAAAACUUAAUUAAUACAUCCCAUGUAUCAUCAUCACCUUGUUAUGCUUAUGUUUUGGUUACAUCCUAGGAAUGGUCAGCAAUAAAUAUUGGAUCAAAGAGAAGGGACUGAAUUCAGUUGUCAUUAUAGCUUCUGCUAAUCCUCAUACUACAAAUUUACAAUUAUAACUUUGUUAUGGUCUAAGUAAAUGGUUUGCUAUGAUGACUAGUAAACCAGAAAAAUAAAUUGAGGCAACACUUGUAUCUACUGUUAUUAUUUAAACAGUAAUUGUGACCUCAAUUAGAUGGACCAUAGGAAAAAGUAUCUUACAAUAAUAAGAGAUUGAAUUAGAAAUGACAAAUCUAUCAGAACUUUAGUCUCAUAAUUUGAUUAAUAACCAUCUAAAAGUGAUAUUGAAAUUAAAUAAAAAUCAUUUUGGAAUCCUCCUUUGAGUGCUGCUUUGGUUUCAAUUGCUUGUAUUUGUAUCCCAAUAGUUUAAACUUAAAUACUUAAUAACCAAGUAAUUUACAAUACAAUUUUUGUACCACUUUAAACCAUAUCAAAAGCAACAUCUCCAAUAGUAUUGAUAAUUCUUGGAAGUAGUCUUUAUGAAAUCUAUAUGGGAACUAAAGAUAAAGUUGAAAAAUAUUCAACAAUAUUAUAUAUAGUAAUUAACAGAUUACUAUUUAUGCCAAUAAUUGGUAUGAUAAUCGUGAUAUUUGUGUAUAAUCAGAAAAUAAUUGAUGAUAAAUCUCAAUUAUUUAUGCUAUUUCUAACCUUUUGCACUCCAUCAUCGAUUAAUAUACUAUUAUUGGCAAAAUAAUACCUAUGA